AUGCCACACAUCGAUGAGGAUAUCACUCUGGAGGCGAAGGAGCUCUGGCGACCUUCGUUCCCUGAGAAAACGCAAAUUUACGAUUUUAUGACAAACGUGAGCGCUAAGCAUGGACUAUCUUUACAUGACUACAAUGCUCUUUGGCAAUGGAGUGUCUCAGAGCCCGCCAAGUUCUGGGAAGAGAUCUGGCACUACACAGGAAUUAAAGCCCAUGAGCCAUAUCAGCAGGUUCUCGAGUCUGGUCAAGCGCUUUUCCCCCGGCCAGCAUUCUUCGAGGGGAGCACUUUGAACUUCGCCGAGAAUCUCCUGUACCCAGCAUCCAUGCCGGAUGAGAAUUCGAUCGCUGUGAUCGGUGCCACCGAAGCUGACCGCGAGUUUAUCUCUUGGAAAGAGCUUCGAGAGCGAGUUCGAAAAUGCGCCAAUGCACUUAAGGAAGCAGGUUUGCAAACAGGCGAUCGCGUGGCUGGUUUUGUUGGCAAUCACGCUAACACAGUCGUGGCAAUGCUGGCUGCAGCCUCUAUUGGUGCUUUCUGGACCGGGGUCUCUCCGGAUACCGGCGUGCAUGCCGUCCUUGAACGUCUCAAACAGAUCGAGCCAAAAAUUCUUUUUGCUGACAAUUCGUCAUUGUACAACGGCAAAGUGCAUGGGUCUCAUACAAAAUUGCGCGAGAUAGUAUCUGAAUUGCCUGAUUUGGACUUUUUGGUGGUAUUCGAGACAAACAAGUCCGGAGAAUUUAGCCUCGACCAACUUCGUCCGGAGAAUGGCAAGGCCAUGACUUAUUUUGACUUCGAAGCUGCCGUUCAGGAUGAAUCGGCACCUUUGGAGUUUGCGAGCUUAAGACCCGAUCAUCCGGUGUAUAUCUUGUACUCCUCAGGCACUACGGGGGCACCAAAGCCUAUCGUGCAUGGAUCAUUGGGUACAUUAUUGCAGCACAAGAAGGAACACCUUCUCCAUUGCGAUAUUCGACCUGGUGACCGGCUAUUCUACUUCACAACGACAACAUGGAUGAUGUGGCAUUGGCUAGUAUCUGGAUUGGCAAGUGGUGCUACUAUUGUCCUGUAUGAUGGAUCUCCGUUCCGGCCCUUUGAUGUUGAAGGAGGAAAUGGAGAAAUGGCCAUGCCACGACUCAUCGAUGAGCUGCAGAUCACUCACUUUGGUACCUCAGCCAAAUACCUCUCAAUGUUGGAACAAGCUUCAUUGAAUCCCCGCAAGCAUGCUCAUCGACCAGUCUCCCUUAAUACUCUUAGGGCAAUUUUCAGCACUGGGUCCCCGUUGGCCCCAUCAACAUUCGAGUAUAUUUACUCUUCAAUUCAUCCCGAUGUCAUGUUAGGCUCGAUUACCGGUGGUACAGACAUUCUCUCUUUGUUCUGCUCGGGUUGCCCAAUUCUUCCCGUCUAUAAGGGCGAAAUCCAGUGCCGCUCCCUUGGUAUGGCAGUCUCCGUGUUUGACUAUGCCGGGAAUGAUAUUAGUGCGUCGGGGGAGCCUGGCGACCUUGUUUGCACUGUGCCUUUCCCUGCACAACCGGUCAUGUUCUGGCCAUUUGGCCCCAAAGGCCAAGAGAAAUACCGUAAAAGUUAUUUCGACGUUUUCGGUCCUUCAAUUUGGCACCACGGAGAUUUCGUACGUGUGAACCCACAGACUGGAGGUGUGAUUAUGCUUGGCCGCAGUGAUGGUGUCCUCAAGCCCUCUGGUGUCCGUUUCGGAAGCGCUGAAAUCUAUAACGUACUUCUGAAGCACUUUGCCGAUGAAAUCGAAGACUCUCUGUGUGUUGGUCGGAGGCGUGAGGGUAUUGACACCGACGAGACCGUGGUCCUCUUUAUGAAACUGGCCCCAGGCAGUCCCUCUAGUGUGCCAGAACUGGCAGCUCGUAUUCAGGCCAUUAUUCGGAAGGAGCUAAGCCCCCGCCAUGUACCAGGUAUCAUUGAUGCUUGUCCUGAGAUCCCGGUGACCUCUAAUGGCAAAAAGGUCGAGAAUGCGGUCAAGCAGAUCUUGUGUGGACUCAACAUUAAAAUCGGAGCCAGCGUUGCCAAUGCUGCUUGUCUUGAGUGGUAUCGUGACUGGGCCUCGGAACACCCUUAA